AUGCGCAGGCUCAAUUGGUUGUCUAGCAGCAUCCAGGGCGUGGACGACGGCAAGGCGUUUGCAGAGGUCACCGCGGCGCUGACCGACGUGGGCAUCAGCCCCGAUCAGCAGGAGGUCCUGUUUGCCCUGCUGUCAGGCGUGCUGUGGCUCGGCAACAUCAAAAUCGUGGGCGUCACGGACGACAGCUCAAAGGUGGAGAGGGAUGCGGCGCUGGAGGCGGCGGCGAGCAUGCUGGGGGUGCCGCUGGACGUGCUGGCGCACGCGCUGACACACAAGAAGAUCCGCACGCGCGACGAGCUGAUUGUCAAGCCGCUCACCAAGGACGAGGCGUCCGACACGCGGGACGCCCUCGCCAAGGCCAUCUACGCCGGCGUCUUCAGAUGGGUGGUGACGCGCAUCAACGAGUCCCUGGACACGGGUCGCCGCGGCAGCGGCCAGUUCAUCGCCAUCCUGGACAUCUACGGCUUCGAGUGCUUCGCCACCAACAGCUUCGAGCAGCUGUGCAUCAACUACGCCAACGAGGCGCUGCAGCAGCAGGCGCGCGCGCCCGGCCCGCCCCGCCGCCGCCUGCUGGGGCCAGCAACGGCCUCGGCCCUGCCUUUCACGCAGCACCUGUUCACGCUGGAGCAGGAGGAGUAUAUGUCUGAGGGCAUCGACUGGACAAAGGCAAGGGGGCCGGCUGCUGGUUUGGGGCCAAGGGCAGAUGCGUUGCCUGGGAUGGGCGGCCAGGGACGGGUGGAGUGGACGGACAACAGCGCCUGCCUGGACGCCAUCGACGCGCUGCCCCCCAAGGGCCUGGGCGUGCUGGCCGUCCUGGACAGCCAGUGCAAGUUCCCCAAGGCGUCGGACGACACUUUUGUCACUGCGCUUCGCGACGCCCUCGCCAACAACGCCAUCUUCUCCACAGACCCGCGCCACCCGGACCAGUUCCUGCUGCGCCACUACGCGGGCCCCGUGGCCUACAGCACCGCGAAUUUUCUCGAGAAGAACCGCGACACCCUCAACGCCGACCUGGUCGAGGUGCUGCGCGCCUCCACCAGCUGGCUGCUCUCCCACAUCGGCGACGUUGUCGCGGACGAGUCCGAGGGCCGCCGCGGCGGCGGCACGGUCAGCAGCCGCUUCAGCAGCCAGCUCAAGGAGCUGCUGGCCAUGCUGGACGUGACGGGCCUCCACUUCGUGCGCUGCAUCAAGCCCAACGCCGCGCUCGUGCCGUCCAGCUUCGCGCCCGACCUCGUGCUCGGCCAGCUGCGCUGCUGCGGCGUGCUCGAGGUCGCGCGCGUGAGCCGCGCGGGGUUCCCCACUCGCUACCCGCACGCGGCGUUCGUGGAGCGGUACAGGGUGAUGCUGCCCAAGAGCCGCCUGGCAGUGCUCGGCAGCGGCGGCGGCCGCGGCGUGCGUGAGGCGAUCGUGGAGCUGCUGGAUUCCUUUGGCGUCAAGAAGGGGCAGUACGAGAUCGGACACACCAAGGUCUUCUUCCGGCCGGGCGUGCUGGCGUUUGUGGAGGACCGAUGGGCGCGCAUGCAGGCGGCCAGCCUGCGCGUCCAGGCCCACUGGCACAUGUGGAAGGCCCGCACCGCGUUUUUUGCGCUGCGCGCCGCCGCGCGCCGCCUGCAGACCGACUGGCGCGCGCGCGCCGCGCGCGUCCCCUUCAACCAGCGCGUGAAGGAGCACCGCGCGGCGAUCGUGCUGCAGAAGGGCUGGCGCGGCGCCAAGGCGCGCGAGCAGUUCCACACCGCCCGCGCCGCGGCCACCACGAUCCAGAUGGCGGAGCGCCGCCGCGCGCUGCGCAAGCGCUGCGCUGUGCGCCUCAAGGAGCGGCUCGCGCGCGAGGCGGCCGAGCGGCAGGCGGCGGCGGAGGCGCGGCGGCGGGAGGAGGGGUUCGAGGUGCUCAAGCAGCAGUACGACGUGGAGACCCUGGACGACGUGCGCGCGGCGCUCGCGUGCUACAGCGCGCUGCGCGACGAGCUCGGGGCGCGCGACCCCGAGGAGGUGCGCGCCGCGCUGGCGGUGUACGGCGCGCUGCGGCGCCUGGAGGACGCCAGCGGCGGCGCGGCCGCGGGGGGCGAGGAGGGGCGGGUCGCGGCGCUCAAGGAGGGGCUGGCGCUGGCGGCGGCGGCGCGGAAGGGCGGGGCCACGGACCCGGCGGCGCUCGCAGCGGCGCUCGACGUGGCGGCCGCUGCGCGGGGCGCGCUUGGAGAGGCCGAGGCCACGCCGGCCCGCGUCACCGCCGUGCUCAAGGAGCACGGCGCUGCGGCGGCUGCGCUUGGCGGCAACGCGCGCCUGCUGUCGGACCCCUCGGGCCUCGCCGACGCCGUCUCCGCGCGCAGCGAGAUGCGUGCGGCGGGCCUCACCGGCGCCGCCGCGCUCGCCGCCGCCGUCGCGCUCGCCAAGGCGGCGGGCGGCAGCGCGCCCGAGCAGGUCAGCGCGGCGCUGGCGGUGCAGCGCGCCGCGGGCGACGCGGGCGCGGAGCAGGUGGCGGCUGCGCUCGCGUUCAAGCGGGCGGCCGUGUCCGCCGGCCUGCCGGGCACAGACGAGCUCCCCACAGUUGGCGCGCUGCGCAGGGCCGCCGCCGGCGCCGGCGCCGACCAGGUGGCAGCUGCGCUGAAGCUGCACACGGCUGCCGCGGCGGCCGGCCUCGACUCUGCCGAGCAGCUGGCCGCGGCGGCCGCGCUCAGCCGCGCGGCCGGUGACAGCGGGCCUGAGCAGGUCGCUGGCGCGCUGGCGCUGCAGGAGGCUGCGGUGGUGGCCGGCCUGGGCACGACGGCGCAGCUGGCGGCGGCCGCGGCCACGCAACGCGCGGCGGCUGGCAGCCAGCCGGAGCAGGUGGCGGCGGCCCUGAGGCUGCAGGAGGUGGCGGGGGGCGCUGGCCCGGAGGACGUCGCGGCGGCGCUGGAGCUGCAGGCUGCGGCCGUCCAGGCGAGUGUUGCAUCCCCCGAGGCGCUGACGGCAGCGGCGGCACUUGCAGCCGCGGCGCCCGGCCACACGCCAGAGCAGGUUGCUGCAGCUCUGGAGCUGCAGGCUGCGGCAGCCGAGGCGAGCGUUGCUUCCCCUGCCGCACUGACAGCAGCAGCAGCACUGGCAGCCGCGGCGCCAGGCCGCACACCAGACCAGGUUGCCGCGGCACUGGAGCUGCAGGCUGCGGCAGGCGAGUCGAGCGUUGCUUCCCCUGCGGCGCUGGUGGCGGCGGCAGCUUUGGCUGCCGCGGCGCCUGGCCGCACACCAGAGCAGGUUGCUGCAGCGCUGGAGCUGCAGGCUGCGGCAGCCGAGGCGAGCGUUGCUUCCCCUGCGGCGCUGACGGCCGCAGCGGCCCUGGCAGCCGCGGCCCUCGGCCGCACGCCAGAGCAGGUCGCCGCGGCGCUGGAGCUACAGUCUGCAGCAGCCGAGGCGAGUGUUGCUUCUCCUGCGGCGCUGACAGCGGCAGCAGCGCUUGCAGCUGCAGCGCCUGGCCGCACUCCGGACCAGGUUGCUGCAGCGCUGGAGCUGCAGGCUGCAGCAGGCGAGGCAAGCGUUGCUUCCCCUGCGGCGCUGACAGCGGCAGCAGCACUUGCAGCCGCUGCACCUGGCCGAACACCGGACCAGGUUGCUGCAGCGCUGCAGCUGCAGGCUGCGGCAGCCGAGGCGAGCGUUGCUUCCCCUGCGGCGCUGAUGGCCGCAGCGGCACUGGCGGCCGCGGCGCCCGGCCGCACACCAGAGCAGGUCGCCGCAGCGCUUGAGCUGCAGUCUACGGCAGCCGAGGCGAGCGUUGCUUCCCCUGCCGCACUGACAGCAGCGGCGGCGCUGGCAGCCGCAGCACCCGGCCGCACACCAGAGCAGGUCGCCGCAGCGCUGGAGCUGCAGGCUGCGGCAGCCGAAGCAAGCAUUGCUUCUCCUGUGGUUCUGGUGGCGGCGGCGGCACUGGCAGCCGCAGCGCCAGGCCGCACACCAGAGCAGGUCGCCGCAGCGCUGGAGCUGCAGGCUGCGGCAGCCAAGGCGAGCGUUGCUUCCCCUGCCGCACUGACAGCAGCGGCGGCGCUCGCAGCCGCCGCGCCGGGCCGCACACCAGAGCAGGUCGCCGCAGCGCUUGAGCUGCAGUCUGCGGCAGCCGAGGCGAGCGUUGCUUCCCCUGCGGCGCUGACAGCAGUGGCGGCGCUGGCAGCCGCGGCCCCGGGCCGCACACCGGAUCAGGUCGCCGCAGCGCUGGAGCUGCAGGCUGCUGCCGGGAGCAGCACCCCUGCUGACGUGGCGGCAGCCCUGCAGCUCAAGUCAGCGGCUGCAGGCGCCAGUGUGUCUUCCCCUGAGGCGCUGGUGGCGGCGGCAGCGCUCGCGGCUGCAGCUGCUGGCCGCACGCCUGAGCAGGUUGCGGCUGCGCUUGAGCUGCAGGCUGCGGCAGGCAGCAGCACCCCUGCUGACGUGGCGGCAGCCCUGCAGCUCAAGUCAGCGGCUGUAGGCGCCAGUGUGUCUUCCCCUGAGGCGCUGGUGGCGGCGGCAGCGCUUGCGGCUGCAGCUGCUGGCCGCACGCCUGAGCAGGUUGCUGCAGCGCUUGAGCUGCAGGCUGCGGCAGGCAGCAGCACCCCUGCUGACGUGGCGGCAGCCCUGCAGCUCAAGUCAGCGGCUGCAGGCGCCAGUGUGUCUUCCCCUGAGGCGCUGGUGGCGGCGGCAGCGCUUGCGGCUGCAGCUGCUGGCCGCACGCCUGAGCAGGUUGCGGCUGCGCUUGAGCUGCAGGCUGCGGCAGGCAGCAGCACCCCUGCUGACGUGGCGGCAGCCCUGCAGCUCAAGUCAGCAGCUGCAGGCGCCAGUGUGUCUUCCCCUGAGGCGCUGGUGGCGGCGGCAGCGCUCGCGACGGCAGCUGCUGGCCGCACGCCUGAGCAGGUUGCUGCAGCGCUUGAGCUGCAGGCUGCUGCUGGGAGCAGCACCCCUGCUGACGUGGCGGCAGCCCUGCAGCUCAAGUCAGCAGCUGCAGGCGCCAGUGUGUCUUCCCCUGAGGCGCUGGUGGCGGCGGCAGCGCUUGCGGCUGCAGCUGCUGGCCGCACGCCUGGGCAAGUUGCUGCAGCGCUUGAGCUGCAGGCUGCUGCUGGGAGCAGCACCCCUGCUGACGUGGCGGCAGCCCUGCAGCUCAAGGCAGCGGCCGCGGGCGCCAAUGUGUCUUCCCCUGAGGCGCUGGCGGCAACAGCGGCCCUGGCAGCUGCGGCGGCUGGCCGCACGCCUGGGCAGGUUGCGGCUGCGCUCAAGCUGCAGGUAGUGGCAGGGGCCAGCACUCCCGACGAUGUUGCCACGGCUCUCCAAUUGCAGGCGGCUGCGGCGGGUGCAAGCAUUGCUUCACCUGAGGCCUUGGUGGCGGCGGCGGCGCUGGCCAAGGCAGCUGGCGGCAGCUCGCCGCAGCAGGUUGCCGCUGCGCUCCAGUUGCAGGCCGUGGUCGGCGGCAGCGCGGUGGACGACGUGGCUGCGGCGCUCAAGGUGCAGGCCGCGGCUGCAGGCAGCUCGCCCGAGGAUGUUGCCGCGGCCAUCAGGCUGCAGUCUGCGGCUCGUGCUGCUGGACUUGCCUCUCCCGACGACGUCGCUGCCGCGGCGGCCCUCGUGAAGGCCGCUGACGGCGCGGCUCCCGAGGACGUGGCGGCCGCGCUCAAGCUGCGCCACACUGCAGAGGGCGCGGGCCUGACCACCGCGGCCGGCCUCGCCGGCGCCGCGGCCCUGGCCGCGGCGUCUGCUGGCGCGUCCCACGAGGACGUGGCGGCGGCGCUGAAGCUGCAGGCUGCGGCUGCUGAAGCCCAGCUGGCCGGGCCCGAGCAGCUCAAGUCUGCCGCGGCGCUUGUCGCGGCUGCGGGCGGCAGCACGCCCAAGGACGUGGCGGCGGCGCUGCGGCUGCGGGCGGCAGCGCAGGCGGCCAACCUGGGGUCGGCGGAGCAGCUGGCGGCAGCGGCCGCGCUCGCCACGGCUGCAGGCGGGCGCUCGCCCGGCGAGGUGGCGGCCGCGCUGCAGCUGCGUGCGGGGGUAGAGUCGGCCGGCGGCCCGACGGAGCCGGCCGCGCUGCUGGCCGCGCUGGGCGGCGCGGCGGCCGCAAGCGCCCACGGCUCUGCCGACCCUGCGGAGGCCGGCGAGGCCGGGCAGCUGCUGCAGGCCGCGCGUGCGGCGGGCAUCAGCGACCCAUCAGAGGCCGCCGCGGCGUUUGCCAGCUGGGCGACCGUUCGCCACCACGUCUCCGGCCCCGACGGCCACGGCCCGACGCCGACCGACGCCGCGCGGCGCGUCCGGCGUGCUCUGGGCAUGUACGGCAUCGCGACCAGCCAGGGCUGCGGCGAGAAGCGCGACUUUGUUGGGGCGAUCGGCCUGUUUGGCGUGCUGAGGGAGGAGCGGCUGACAGAGGAGGUGGAGCUGCGUGCGGCCGCGGCGCUGUAUGGCGCGGUGAGGGAGGAGGGCCUCGCGCCCGAGGAGCUGCAGUCGGCGGUCGCCACGUGGGCAGCGCUGCGGGACGAGGCGGGCGAGGGCGUGGCGCCCGAGGACGCGCGCGACGCGCUGCGGGCGCACAUCCAGCGGCGGCGCGGCGGCGCGGGCGGGGACGGCGCGGGGGCGGCGCGGGGCGGCGGCGUGACGCUGCACGGGGACCAGGGGGUCGGCAACGGCGGGAGCGGCGGCGGCGGCGAGGAGGUGGUGGCGCUGCGGCAACAGCUGCAGGUCGAGCGGGCGGCGCGGCAGCGGUAUGCAUCGCAGCUGGAGCAGCAGGCGAUCGAUUGGAUGGAGCAGGUGCGCCUGCUCAAAGAGCACAUCGACACCCUCCGCUCCCGGAUGCCGCCCGGCGGCGCACCCCUCGGCCCCUCCACCCCGCCCGCCAACCGCAGCGCCGCCGACGCCGCCGCGGGCGCGGCCGUGUCGGCGCUCGCGGCGGACUUCAUGGGCAAGGCGCCGCUGUUUGAGGACGACGCGGACUUCAUAGCGGAGGUGGCCGACGGCGCGUCGUUCGCCCCGGGGAUGGACCCCCAGUCGGAGCUGGACCUGCUGCGGCGCAAGUACGACGCGUGGAACAAGGGCUUCAAGGAGCGCCUGCGCACCGCUCAGGGCGCGCUGCGCAGCACGCGCGGCCGCGGGGGGCCGGGUGUCAUUGACCUGAGCAGCAUGCCAGACCUGUCGGCGCCGGGGCUGCUUGGGGAGGACGAGCCGGGGACGGCGAGGUCUGGGGACAGCUGGGACAACCCUGGUGGUAGCGGUGGCAAGAAGAAAAAGUCGACGGCGGCGCUUGGCUGA